AUGGACAACUGGCACACCACCUCAGAUCCCAACGGAGGAUUGACAGAUGAGACAGCUCAAGAGGGUAUAUCGACGAACCCCGGCGUUGAAGAGGCGGUUUUCCUGGCCCUUGCCGGCAUCAUCCAUCUCAUCGAGCAGUGUGACGGCCGAGUUAGCUAUGCGACAGGGAAGAACCUUGCCGGGCAACCACAGGGGGUUCUCAGCUUGUCGGAUCAGAGCAUGAAAUAUCCCGAUCCCAUGCGCAUUUUACCGACGGAAAAGAAGGAUAGAACAGUUUCCUCAUCAAUUACGGCGUUGAGAGCGUCGAGAAAUUCCACGUAUUCGUUCAGGCGGCUCUAA